AUGAAUGAAGCCAUUGUGCAACCUAACAGUAGUGAACAUCCACACGCUUGGCAUUUCAUAUCUAAGUUAUCGGACGAAAAUAUUGCUGUAGCAGCAACGGGCCGAGAUUGUUCGCUGUUUCCCCUUGCAAUGCUUCUUCGGUUUGCUUCUCUGAAUCUCCAUCGUCAGAAAGUGUUUUGGAGUCGGGUCACUUCUCACUUUAUCAAGAUUUGUGGUCACACAACCGCUUCACUUCGCGAAUGGGCAGCUGUUGCUCUUGCAAGCAUAAUCAAACAAGCCUUUAAAGCGAAAACUGAGAUGAGUGUGGAAGAACAUCAACAGCUUACGCUUUCUACGUUACGCUCUUUGUGCUCUGUCCACCAAGCUGAUGUACAGCGACGCCAACUGGAUUGUCUCAUGGCUUUACUCCAAACGGACGGUGCCCAGCUAGUUCGCGAUAUGUGGCAGCAUGUAGUUUACAUCGUUGCUGCUGUCGUUGAUGAGGAAAACUGCUCCGAUGAAGCCCUGGUACGACAGGGCUACCUUGGGCUGAGACUUGUGGCAGCUGAUUUUCUACAAUCGCUUCCUUUCGAAUGUGUUUCUGCUCUCGUAGAGGCGGUGGCACGUUAUGGAAAACAGAUGGCCGAUCACAAUAUUUCACUAUCUGCACUCACUCAACUGUGGACAAUUUCUGACUUUGUGUUUCGAAAAAGUGAGGAAGUUGGAGCCGAUGCCUCUGAGAAGGUGUGGCUAGUGUUGUAUACAUGCCUUUCUGAACUUUGCACCGAUGUACGGCCUUCAGUACGAAAAAGCGCAUGUCAAACGCUGCUGCAAACAGUAGCAUCUCACGGACAUGCACUUCGUAUUGGGACGUGGAAUCAUAUGGUUUGGCAGAUAAUCAUGCCGUUAUUGGAUCGUGUUCGGGUGCAGACAAGGAGUGCUUCAACAGAGCGAGCCAGCGGUGCACUACUUAUGCAUCACUCUCGUGACACUCAGCAAAAACAAUGGACUGAAACGUGCAUCCACACGCUUUCGGCUGCUUCAAAAAUAUUCAUUGCUCAACGUAAAGCCCUUUUGUCACUAGAAGAUUUUGGUUCGGCAUGGGAAGCUUUGUUGUCCUAUCUGGAAUGGGCUGCAUGCUAUCAUAACGCAGAAUUAUCUCUGUCUGCCAUUAAAAGCUUCCAAGCAAUUCUACUGGGCAAAGUGUCUGCACAAACUCUAGACAUCAACACGCGUGAGAGAGCUAGCAGCGUAGAGAAUUCGUUAGAAGACGCCACUCCAUACCUUCCUUUACCGCAAUGGAUAGAAUCAUGGAAUACAUGGCAGAGGAUAUCUCGCGGAUUAGCACGGAUGGAGUCUGGAACAUUGUUACCGGAUGGUGAGUUGGUUUUUGAAGAAAAAAUCUGGUCCAUCCCUCGAGAUAUUACAGAUAUUGUUAUAGACAAAGCACCUUACCUUCCUGGACCGUCUCAUCUGACUACACUUUUGCAUAUAUUUCCUCCAUUAUUUGAACAUGUUGCUCGGCACAUAGCUGUUGAUGAACUCAAAGCUGAACAGCUUCCUUCAGUCCUGGAAAGCCUGAUAAAUGUUCCCGUACCAAGCGAGCAGGCCCCAUUCGUCAUGCAGUCGCUGCACUCACACAUGUCUCCCACCCAAGAGGCCGUAUGCGAAGCGAUACGAUCUAUCUAUAAUGAGUGCACAUCACCAGGAAGUCCAUUACGCGAUGCAUUAGCUGAUCAAAUCCGGCAACUUCUCAGGUUUAGUGGAUUGGCUUUGAAAAGUCCAGCUGCAUUGCGACCAUCUGGUAUGACAUCUUCUGGACAGAAAGAUUACGUGAGUUUCCGUAAGUUGGACUCCAACAAGGCGGACUAUUUUGGAACAUCAGGACGAGAAUGGGCUCUGCAGUGGAUCAUACCUUUCGCAGAAACCUGUCUUCGUAUGGCAGUUGAAUUUCUUUCAAAUACAGCGGCAUAUCCGGAAAUUAUCCGUUCACUCGUUGUCGUAGAUGUUGUAAAGUUUUUGGGUGAACCGCUGUACCUGAAGUAUUCAUGCAUAUCUCCAACUACAUGGAAGCUUGCCGCUUCUUCUUUGAUAACGGUUUAUUACUGUGCUGAUUCAGUUGAGCACUUUGAGUCACUCUGGCCUGCAAUUUGUGACACUUUGGAAAAGUUCCUGUUUACUCCGAAGUCCGUUGUUGACUUUUCAAAUGUCAUUUUAUUAGAAGUAUGGAAGGUUACUUACUCAUUUAGUGUUUGCCCUCGUCUUGCCGCUGAUGAACGCAAAAGAGAUGAGUUGGCCGAGUGUCAAAUCAUCGAACUAGUUCGAUCUGAACUGUUGCUACACUCCUCUACUCUCCCACAGUCCAUGAUCCAGCGCCUCAUCUCAAUUUUGAAUCGUGGUUCCAUUAGUCAGUUAGACCCAACA